GGGGUUGUUUCAGACCUGGAACUCGCUGAAUGAUUCAGAGCUCUGUGCUCUUGUGUAAUGAGCAGCAGAGUUUGAGAAAGCAGCAGCUGGGAGUCAGACUCUCUGACAGCAGUCGGCAAGCAGUGAUCGCUCGGCAGAGGAGCUGUGACAGAGUACCAAGCCUCUGAGAGGAGACCCAUGCAAAAUGCCCAACUUUGCAGGCACUUGGAAGAUGAGGAGCAGUGAGAAUUUUGAUGAGCUGUUGAAAGUACUGGGGGUCAACGCAAUGCUGAGGAAGGUGGCAGUGGCAGCUGCAUCAAAGCCACUGGUGGAGAUCAGGCAGGACGGAGACCAGUUUUACAUCAAGACCUCCACCACGGUGAGGACUACCGAGAUCAACUUCAAAAUAGGAGAGGAGUUUGAGGAGGAGACAGUGGACGGGAGAAAAUGCAAGAGUCUGCCCAACUGGGAAAAUGAGAACAAAAUCUAUUGCAAGCAGACUCUUCUUAGUGGCAGUGGACCCAAAACACACUGGACUCGUGAACUGGUCAACGAUGAGUUAAUUCUGACGCUGGUUGCUAAUGAUGUUGUGUGUACGAGGAUCUACGUUAAAGAGUAACUGCAUCCCACCAGUAUUUUAACUGGGGAAAGCCCAUUGGCUGCCAGAUCACCACCUGAUUACCACGUGCAUGAUGUUCACUGAUACUGAACACUGAUGGUCCAGGGAUUGCAUUAAUGU